UCGAUGACCUCAAUUUGAGUCAACCGGCUUGUGUUUUUGCGUGUUUGUUUGACAAUGACGCGGCAAUGUUGUUGUUCACAUUAAGCAAUUGUUUUCUGCACGGUAUCAAAUUGAAUUUUGCUUUCUUCACAGUUAAUUCAUCAAACAGGAUUUUUGUCGAAUGCCUAAACGAGGUUCAUGCAUACCUUCGACAUGAAAUUACAAAGCAUCGCGAGAACCUGGACAACGACAAUCCACGAGACUUCAUCGACCUCCUCCUCAUCGAACUACAGACCCAAGAGAAGACCGACUGCUUUACCGAGGAGAACAUUUUGUUCAUAAUUGAAGACCUGUUUUUUGGUGGAGUCGAGACCACAGUCACCACCUUGCGAUGGGGUCUUCCCUACAUGGUUCUGUGUCCAGAGGAGCAGCAAAAGGUCCAAGCUGAGCUGGACAGUAUCCUGGGAACAGACCAUGACGUGCCCACCCUGGCCCACAGGUCCCAGCUCCCGUAUACCGAGGCUACUAUCAUGGAGAUCCAGCGAAUCAGGGCCCUCGUUCCCCUUGGUGGUCCUCACGCUCCAAACGAGGACACAACUUUUCUAGGCUAUGACAUCCCAUCAGGAACGCAGGUUCUUCCCAUCCUGUGGUCAGCUCAUAUGGACCCGGAGUUCUGGCCGGACCCAGAGAAGUUUGACCCCUGUAGAUUCCUGGACGCUGACGGCAAGGUGGUUACCAGGCCGGAAUCCUUCAUGCCCUUUUCUACAGGCAAGUUUUUUUCCAAAGACCAACAAAAGCAAAAGUGUGUUUUAGAACCUUAAAGU